AUGGGAUCGCUAGGACAGCCGAUGGAGGGUCUCCCGGUCGCACAGCUUGAUGUAAUCGAUUACUCUCGACUUUCGAAGAAUGACACCCAAGAAGUGCAAAGGCUACUUAAGGCAUGUACGCAAGAGGGUUUCUUCUAUCUGGACCUGAGCGGGGGCGACUCCCGCGUUUUGUCUCAGGUGGAUCGGGUCUACGCCUUCAUGGAAGAAUGGCUCGGUCAGUCGCAUGAAGAAAAGAUGAAGAACUACCAGACCAACUAUACGGAUGGGUACAAACCCACCGGCUACUUUGCGGGCGUCGACGACAAGAGCCGAGAUAACUCUGAGACUCUCAAGGUCUCGCACAAAGCGUUCACAACUACGCCACCGUCGCUUCCCCAGGGGGUGCAAAAGCACGGAGACAUGCUCCAUUCUUACUUGGACACGGCAAGCGGCAUAGCUAUUCAGCUUCUCUCUGCGCUAUCCGAUGGGUUGGGAUUGAAGGACUCGGAGCGAUUCGAGGCUUUUCAUGCCGACCGUGAGGAUUCCAACUCGACCCUUGUCCUCCUCAAGUAUCCGUACAUCGACCCAGCGACUAGAAACAAGCAAGUGGGCCACAACAAACACACCGACAUCGGGAGUAUCACGAUGCUUUUCACAGACCAAUGGGGGCUGCAAGUAAUGCGGCCUGGGUCUGACAAGUGGGAAUACAUCGAACCUAGUCCGUCAUGUGCCAUAAUAAACGUAGGCGAUUGCCUUCGUUUCUUGUCCCAGAAGAAACUGCUAUCCUGUCUCCACCGGGUUGUUCCAGCGGAGGGUAGCACCGCGGAUCGGAACACCAUUGCCUACUUCCUGAGACCAUCCAAUAAAGCCACAUUUGUCGACAGCAACGGUGAGCUUUCGACUGCCGCUGACUGGCAUGAUCGGAAGUAUGAGGUGUUCCGGAGUACGCACGACGACCAGCGGAAGGACACUAUCCUCACGGGUGGUCUUGAGGCCGAAGGAAAACUCUCCGCAUGA